AUGCGCAAGACCAUCAUCUCCAGCUUUGACGCCUCCGUUGGCAUCUCGAAAGAUCUCGUCCAAGAACUCACUACAUCCGAAGAUGACAAGAUCACGAACCCCAAUGUUGAUCCUGGUACGGUAGAUGUCGCCAAAAUGGAUGCAGAGCGGAAGCUAAAGGAGCAGCGGGAGAAAGAGCUCAGUGCUCCAGCUAUGAAGGAACUGAAGCAAGCAUCGCUCAAGUUCUUCGACGAAUGGCGAAGCAGCGUUAUCAUAAGAGUCGGCGAGGUUGUAAAUUCCAGAGAAGAAGCCUCUUCCCAAAUGAGAUCCGCCAAGGCACCGGACUCAGCUAUUCACGCUCCAUCAGACGUCAAGGUCGACCCAUCCAAGCCUACGGAAUCAGACGAGUCCGCAGCUGCGUCACUAUCGAAGUUCUACCCUCCAAUUGAUACCCCACUCGCAUCGCUCGACGAAAAAACCAAGAUCCUUAUAAUACAUUCUAUGUUACUGCUCAUGCUAUCUCUGGAACACUACAUCGGCCCAUCACGCGUUCUCCUCCUCUAUAUAACCUCGUCGCUAAAACUUCCGCUCAAGAUCUUGACUGAAGAUGAAGAGAAGAUGGCAAAAGGCCUGCUUGAAGCCGCGAAACACAUGUCUGGAGACGCUGAAGCAAAGAAGAAAGUGGAAGAGAACAAAGAUUCAAGGAAAUGGAAAGUGGGCCUGGCCACAGUCGCAGGAGCUGCUCUGAUCGGCGUUACUGGUGGUCUAGCCGCACCAUUGGUUGCGGCUGGUGUUGGGAGUGUUAUGGGAGGUGUUGGCCUAGGUGCCACCGCUGCAGCAGGCUAUCUUGGCACCGUGGCCGGAAGCACGGUGAUUGUUGGUGGACUGUUUGGAGCCUACGGCGGACGAAUGACAGGCCAGAUGAUGGACAACUACGCGCGGCAAGUUGAGGAUUUUGCAUUUUUGCCUGUGCGAAAGGAUGGCAAAGAUAUCGAACAAGAAGAUGAGAAAGAAGCCAAGAAGCUAGCCCAGAAGUCCAAACAAGUUGAGAAGUCGCUAGACACAGAGAGUGGUGUUCAAAAUCCUCAAGACGGCCAAAGUGCGACGACACCAAAGACUCAUCACUUCCCUCAUCAUUUCAAAAAGGAAAGCAAAGAAGACAAGGACGGCGUCGAGGAUCCGGCCCAGCGCCGCCUCCGCGUCACCAUUGGCAUCACUGGCUGGUUGAACUCGAAGUCGGAGGUUGUCACUCCGUGGCGUGUGCUUGGUCAUGGAAGCGAAGUCUUCGCUCUACGUUUCGAGCUCGAAGCGCUCAUGAACCUUGGUAACAGUAUGAGCGCAAUGGUGUCAUCCGCCGCUUGGGGCUAUGCGAAGUCAGAAAUGAUCAAACGAACCGUAUUCGCAGGAUUGAUGGAUGCAAUGUGGCCCCUUGCCCUUCUCAAAGUCUCACGAGUGGUCGACAAUCCAUUUUCUGUCGCUCGAAGUCGUGCCGAUAAGGCCGGUGAAGUUCUCGCCGAUGCUUUGAUCAACAAGGCACAAGGCGAGAGACCAGUGACAUUGAUAGGCUACUCCCUCGGCGCAAGAGUCAUUUACUCGUGUCUUAUGAGUCUCGCCAAACGACGUGCCUUUGGCCUUAUCGAGUCAGUUGUUUUGAUUGGCGCUCCCGCACCCAGUACCACUGCAGAUUGGCGCGUCAUGCGCUCCGUUGUAGCCAGCAGGCUUGUCAAUGUGUACAGCGAAAAUGACUAUGUUCUUGGCUUUUUGUAUCGCACAAGCAGCAUCCAAUACGGCGUUGCUGGACUUCAGAAAGUCGAAGGCAUUCCCACCGUUGAGAACGUCGAUGUUAGCGAAAGUGUAAGCGGACAUCUGCGCUACCGUUACCUCGUUGGUCACAUUCUGAAGAAGAUUGGGUUCGAAGACAUUGAAAUGUCCGCCGUCGCCAAAGAGGAAGCAGGUUUAAAGAAGAUGGACGAAGAAGAUGCGAAGAAAAAGUAUGCCGACAAAGCUAAGGCGGAAGGCGAGAGGGUACUCAAGGACAAUCCCCUUGGCGUCGGCAAAGAUGGAGAGAAGAGCAAGGAACAGCAACAAGCAGAAUCAUCCGCUGCCGAAGCCGAAGCUGUUCAAAUGGAGCUAGAAGUACAGCAGGAGACGCAGAAAGGGAUGUUGAAAUCUGCCUGGGGAUACUUGCCGAAGAGGCUGAGAGGUGAGAAGUCGAGUGGUGAUGCCGAGAGCAAGGCUGCUGCGAGUGCGGAUACGGGUGUUUUGCCAGAAGUUCAAAAGGUGGAGAAGCCGCAACAGGGUGCUGGCGCAUGGGCGUCUAAUAUUGCGGGAGGAGGGAAAGAAGGCUUGAGUAAAGCGUCUGGUUGGGCCAGUGGUCUGGCUGGAGGACUGAUGGGUGGAGGAAGCAAGCCCAAGGAAGCUUAA